CCUCCAUAAGCAUUGAGCAUUGAGCAUUAAGCAUUAAGCAAGCAACGGUCGUGAAGUUAGGUGGAAUUGGGAGGGAACUCACAAGUCACGAUGCUGCUGCUUGGGGGGAGCAGGAUUUCGUCACUCUUGAGAAGCAGGCCGCCAGCCAAGAAGAGGACCAUCGUUGUUGGCCUCAAAUCCGAUAAUGAUAGUAGAGAAAUGCUGCUUCGGGUGCUCACUUUGACGGUCUUCCCCGGUGACAGCGUGCUGGCCAUUCAUGUUCAACAAUCAGAUGACACAUUUGAUCCCAAUACAUUUCACAUCCACGAGGAUCUCUGUAAAUCCAAGCAGGCGGAGUUCCAAGUGAAGGUUUGCAUAGGAAACUGCUAUGUCACGGAACUGAGCUUUCAAGUACGUUUACACUUUGCCACCAUUCUUGCCGUUGGAUGUAGCAGUCUAUGCCCCCAUGAUUCAUCAGUGGCCAAACUGUUGAGAGCAUUACCUCCUACUUGCAAACUUCUGGUUAUGGACAACGGAGGAAAGGUCCUACUUCAGAGACAGGGAACUUCUCAAGAGGGCUCUCUGCUCAAAGUUCUUCACACUAGUCCACAACCGCCUGCUUUCCAUAAACAACUUCUUCUUUUCUCUUCUUUAUCAGCGUCCACUAGCGGUGGUGACAAGUCAAGGAAUAAAUUUCAGAUUCAGAAAUCAUUGACAAUGCCAUCUGCACGUCCCUCCUCCUCCGAUCAAUUGCUAUUUCAUCAAACUGAGAAGAAAGAUACGCUCCCCAAGUUCAACAAGGAUGGUGUUCUUACCAAACAAUUUUUUCAAAGAUUAGCAAGCCUACAAGUAAUGGGAUGCACCAGAUGCUUCACGGUGGAUGACCUCGAACAUGCAACUGCAAAUUUUAGUCCCCACUUCUUAAUUGGAGAAGGUGGGCACAGUCAGGUGUAUCGAGCCAUUAUUGACAACGGUUUUGCUGCUGCAGUGAAGCUCCUUAAACCCUCUCCCUAUUCUCAAGAUGAUCUUCUCAGAGAAGUGGAAAUAUUGACUAGUAUUAAACACGCCAACAUCAUUCAGCUAGUUGGGUACUGUUACACCCAGGAGAUUCAGGCAAUUGUUUUCAACUUAUCGAGGGAAAGUUUAAAGCAGAAACUGAGAUACAUGAGGUGGAAUGAGAGAAUGCGAGUUGCGAUAGGAGUGGCAAGGGCACUGGAAUACCUCCAUUCUCUCACUCCUCCUAUCAUUCACAGAGAUGUGAAAUCCUCCAACAUUCUUCUUUCAGAUGGUUGUGAACCACUGCUCUCAGAUUUUGGAGCAGCAGUUGUACACCCGCAGAUUCAACAAGCAGCUAUGCCCCAUGCAAAACCAGUCAAUGUUGUAGGUACAUUUGGAUACCUGGCACCAGAGUAUGUGAUGUAUGGCAAAGUUGAUGAGAAGAUAGAUGUCUACUCUUAUGGGGUUGUUCUCCUUGAACUAAUCACUGGGAAAGAGGCCAUUGAGAGAAACCCAACAUCUAACCAAGAUAGCUUAGUACUCUGGUCAAGGUCACUGCUUAGCUAUGGACUUUGUGAGCGCCUAAUUGAUCCCGACCUUAAUGAAGAUUACAAUGUAAAAGAGAUGAAUACAAUGAUGAUUGUAGCACGGCUCUGUCUCUUGCAUUCAUCUUCAAGGAGGCCAACAAUGAAAAGGAUCCUGCAAUUAUUGGAGGAUCCAGAACAUUGGUUGGAGUUGCAGGAUAACAAAGAGGGUUUAGUUAUUGGAAAUGAUUCAACAGGCAAAAUAGAAUUGUGCAGAGGGAACAAAUCAGAUUGUCUUGAAAUUUUCACAGAUGACGAGAGCUAGUACUACAUUUGAAUCUUUAUCAGCUGCCUGCUUAUCAUGAUAAAUAUUAAAUUGUACAUACUAUAGCUUUGUUUAAAAUAUAAAGUAUGAGUUGUUGUAUCUUAUUUCUUGAAUUUUAGCAGCAUAUCAUUCAAUAGUAA